CCAGCCAAGCCAAUGAUCCUAGGGAGCCUUCAGGGAUAUGCUGAAGGGCUAGGGUCAGGGGCUGGGGGGCGGCCGGAACCGCGCAUCAUGGAAGAUGCUGGCCUAGAGCAGAGCAGAGAAGCAAUAUUCUGUGUCCCUAUCGCCACACCACCGCCACCCAUACACAUCUACCCGACCGCCACCACCACCCCUUCCAAGGACGACGCAGGACGCCUGCGCGAGUGGCAAGUGGCCAACUGCGACGAGGUUGUGCGGGAGCACCUACCGAGCCAAGGCGACAAACUCGCGAGGCUGCGUUUGGCGGCCGAGGGCCACGGCGACGACCCCUCCGCCGGCCCGAACGACGAGGCUGGACCGGCGGGCGGGGAGGACGCCGGGCCGAACUUCCUUUUUCUCGGUCUUGUGUUUGCCCUCGAUUUUUGUUGGAAGGGCACCUCGUGA